AUGGCUCAACUCCAUUCAGCAGCGGCUGGCUUCCUAAUAUCAGCCAUAUUUAUGAGUGCCAUUUUGAUCUUCCUAAUGUCCAAAACCCAAUAUCGACCGUUACAAAUCGAAUCGAGCGGUAAUACGAUAAGAUUCAUGUCCAAGAGUCCAGUCCAUCGAGAGUUUCAGCGAGUCAAACGGGACUUCAUGUUCGCCUCCAGCCAAAAUGAGACUGAUCCUCAAUGUUUUCAGGUAAAAUACGGGUGGCUUCAAUAUAUUAAAAAAUUUUUUUAAAAAUUUAAAUUUAAAAAAAAAUUUUUUUUAAUUUUUAAAAAAAAUUUUAAAAUUUUGAAAUUUUUGAAAAUUUACAUAAAAAUUUUCAUUUUCAGCAUUGUAACAACGAAUGGCGUUCAGAAUUUGAAAAUCUAUUCAAUAUGACCUGUAAAGACUACUACGACUUCCCAUUCCACCCCAAAGUAUUGGAUUAUGAAGGUUACCUAAACUACUGUGAACUAUCUGAAAAACAAACAAAAUGCUUCAUAGAGAGAUGCAAUGACCAGGUAAGUAGACCUACCCUACCCUACCCUAUCCUAACCUACCCUACCCUACCCUACCCUACCCUACCCUACCCUACCCUACCCUACCCUACCCUACCCUACCCUACCCUACCCUACCCUACCCUACCCUACGCUACCCUACCCUGCCCUACCCUACCCACCCUACCCUACCCUACCCUACCCUACCCUAUCCUAACCUACUCUACCUUACCCUACCCUACCCUACCCUACCCUACCCUACCCUACCCUACCCUACCCUACCCUACCCUACGCUACGCUACGCUACCCUACCCUACCCUACCCUACCCUACCCUACCCUACCCUACCCCUACCCUACCCUACCCUACCCUACCCUACCCUACCCUACCCUGCCCUACCCUACCCACCCUACCCUACCCUACCCUACCCUGCCCUACCCUACCCACCCUACCCUACCCUACCCUACCCUACCCUACCCUACCCUACCCUACCCUACCCUAUCCUAACCUACCCUACCUUACCCUACCCUACCCUACCCUACCCUACCCUACGCUACCCUACCCUACCCUACCCUACCCUACCCUACCCUGCCCUACCCUACCCACCCCUACCCUACCCUACCCUACCCUACCCUGCCCUACCCUACCCACCCUACCCUACCCUACCCUACCCUACCCUACCUUACCCUACUCUAUCCUACCCUACCCUACCCUAAAAACCCCUAUUCUUUUUUACCAUACCCUGUCUAAAAAUUCCUAUCUUUUUUUCACUAUACCCUGCUUUAAAAACCCUAUCUUUUUUACCAUAUCUUGCCUAAAAGCUUCAUAUCCAUGCCCUGCCCAUUCUUGCCAUACGUUGCUUUUAAAACACUAUCUUAUUUUUACCAUACCCCGCCUUAAAAACCCUGUCUUUUUUUGCCAUGCCCUGCCCAAAAACCACUGUUAUUUUUUACCAUACCCUGCCUUUAAAACGGUAUCUUAUUUUUACCAUGCCUUGGCUAAAAACCCCUGUUCUUUUUUACCAUACCCCGCCUUUAAAACCCUAUCUUAUUUUUACCAUACUCCGCAUUAAAACCCCUAUCUCUUUUUUACCAUGCCCUUCCUAAAAACACUUGUUCUUUUUUGCCAUACCCUCCUUUUUUGACAUACUCUGCCUUUAAAACCCCAUCUUUUCUUACCACACCCUGCCUGAAAAUCCAAAAAAUCCAUCCCCAAAUCACUAAUUUUCAGUCAGCAGAUCGAGUCUUUUCUCCAUCCAACUUCCUAUGCAAAUUCAAGAAGACCAUGUUUUUGACUGCCCGACCCUGUUUAGAGGAUGCUGAGCCUCUGAACUUCUUGAAGUGCGACCAACAAUGUCAUAAAGAAGCGGUCGAAAAGGCGGAAAUGGAGAAAAGUCAAAAAUCUCGGGCGCGACUUGGAAAAGUCUUCUCCGACGACGAACUUAUGAACUAUGAGGCUGAACUGGAGUUACUGUGCAGUUUUCAGGAGUGCUAUCAAGGUAGGGUAAAUUAUUGAGGUUUUUGGGUGUGGUAACAGAUUUUUGUGAUUUUUGGGGGUUGGAAAGAAAGCUUUUCUGUCAUUUUGCACUAGGCAAUGAACAAAAAAUGCCUUAGAAACACAUUUUGGGCUUUUUUAAAAAGUGGAAGUUGAGUGGAAGAUUUGUAAUGUAUUUUGCACUGAAAAUCUUCCACUCAGCUUCCACUUUUAAAAAGUAGCAAAAACGUGUUUUUAGGCCAUUUUAAGACAUUUUAAAAAUGGAAGUUGGGUGGAAGAUUUUCAGUGCAAAAUACAUUAAAAAUCUUCCACUUAACUUCCACUUUUGGAACAGUGUCAUUUUAUUUUUUAUGUAGCAGAAUGUUGUCUUAUAGGGGUUGUGUAAAGAAAGUUCUUGCCAUUUUAUGUUUUUUAAAGAAAGUUUUUGCCGUUUAUUGUUCUGUAAAGAAAGUUCUUGCCGUUUUUUGAUUUGUAAAGAAAGUUCUUGCCAUUUUUUGUUUCGUAAAGAAAGUUUUUGCCAUUUUAUUACGAAAUUUUCAUUUUUCAAAAGAUAUUGUUAUAGGUUGUCACGAAGACAUAGUAAAACAAGUCUGCCCUAUGGCUUUGGCUAAUGUUUCUAUUGAACUGGUAAGAUCGUAUGUUCAAUGGCAUGCUGCUGACAUAUACGAUUGGCAUGUUUUAUCGGAAAAUGUGGACAAACUGCCUCAAAGUUGCUCUCGGUUGACUGGGUAUCGACCUGAGGAUGAUUCGUUGUUGAAAAUUAUAUCAAAUUCAAGCUGA